UCUACAUGAUGUAUUGUUCCACCAUGUAGGAGCAGUAUAGACAUACAGUAGCUAGCUACUUAUUUAGAUUUAGUAUUACUUAAUGAAACUGCCUUAAAUGUGCCAUAGUAAACAUUUUUUUAUUCACACUAAUCAAUCAGCACAUUCCUGUCUUUGUAUGUCUCAAUAUAAUAGUAUUAUUUAAUUAAACCCAUUAUAAUAAACUUUGUCUGAAAAUUAAAUCUGAUCCUCAACUGCGUUUCCCCUCCAGUCAGCAGACGGCGAUGUGCGUCUUUCAGGCGAAGCUGCCAGCGUGAUGUAUAAUCUAGUGGACGGUUCUUCAGAAACAGCUCGUCCACCACCUCGGUAGAUUGCUAGCCGACUUGGCCGAAAUAUUCAAGCUAUUUAUACGCUUUCGGUGUAUAUUAGCUACUGUGUUUUAGACACACUUAUGUUGUAUCUACUUGUUAACCUAUUUAAUUUAACAUUACGUUAUUUUGUAUUAGUCAGCUAUAGUAGCUGACUGGUUAAGUUAGCACUAGCCAAGUUGCUAAAUAUAGCUAGCUAGCUAACAUCCCCGAACAUGAACUCCCUAAUCUUUUCCCCUCCUGUUAAAGAAGAGGAGGUCUGCUGGACGGAGAAAGAAGCUCUGGGGCUGAACAUUGUCGUGAAAGAGGAGAAGGAAGAAGAGGAUGUCACAGUAAAAAAAGUAGAGGGGGAGGCUGUUACAGUGAAAGAAGAGGAAGAUGUGUUCAGAGUGAAAGAAGAGAAAGAGGAGGGUGCAGUUUUUGGAGUGAAGAUGGAAGGCGAGAUUACUGUCACAUUGAAAGACGAAGAGGUGGAGAUGGGAGAUCUGAUUAACACCAGAGAGAGACCAGACUCUCACUCUGACAGCGGGAAGAGUCCUUCAGGGGAACCAGACCCAGGGAAGAGUCCUUCAGGGGAACCAGACCCAGGGAAGAGUCCUUCAGGGGAACCAGACCCAGGGAAGAGUCCUUCAGGGGAACCAGACCCAGGGAAGAGUCCUUCAGGGGAACCAGACCCAGGGAAGAGUCCUUCAGGGGAACCAGACCCAGAGACGCCCAAAGCAACAGGAGGACAUCACUGCUCCCGCUGUGGAAAGAGUUUUACCAAGUUAGGGAGCAUGAAGAAACAUGAGAGGACACACACAGGAAAAAAGACUUUCCAAUGUUCCCAGUGUGGGAAAGGUUUUCUUUGGUUAUAUCACCUGAAUAGGCAUGAGAGGACACACACAGGGGAAAAACCUUUCCAAUGCUCCCAGUGUGGAAAGAGUUUUAACGAAUUAGGGUACCUAUUAAUACACAAGAGGAUACACUCUGGAGAGAAGCCUUACCACUGCUCCAAAUGCGGAAUGACUUUUACCUGGUUAGGGAGCCUGAAAACACACGAGAGAAUACACACUGGAGAAAAUCCUUUCCAAUGUUCCCACUGUGGAAAGAAUUUUACCCAGUUAGGGAACCUAAAUCGGCACAAGAGAACACACACAGGAGAGAAGCCUUACCAAUGCUCUCAGUGUGGAAAGAGUUUUAGGGGUUUAGUGAGCCUGAAACAGCAUAAGAGAAUACACACAGGAGAGAAGCCGUAUCACUGUUCCCAGUGUGGAAAGAGUUUUAGAUGGUUAGGGACCUUGAAAAUGCAUGAGAGGACACACACCGGAGAAAAACCGUACCAAUGCACCGUGUGUGGAAAGAGAUUUACCCAGUUAAAGUCCAUGAAAUUACAUGGGAGAAUACAUACAGGAGAGAAGCCUUACCACUGCUCCCACUGUGGAAUGGCUUUUACCUGGUUAGUAAACAUGAAAACUCACGAGAGAAUACACACAGGAGAGAAGCCUUAUCAAUGUUCCCAGUGUGGAAAGAAUUUUAGGGGUUUAGUGAACCUGAAACAGCAUGAGAGGACACACCCACAAGAAAAGCCUUACCAAUGCUCCCUGUGUGGAAAGAGUUUUACCAAGUUAGGGGGUCUGACAAGGCAUGAGAGGACACACACAGGAGGGGAUAAGACGUACCACUGCUCCCUGUGCGGAAAGACAUUUAACAGGUUAAGGCAUCUGAAUAAGCAUGAAAGAAUACAUACACAGGAGGAGAAGACAUACCACUGCUCUCAAUGUGAAAAGACAUUUUCCCAGUCAGAGGACCUGAAAUCACAUGAGAGAAUAGAGAAGCUGUGUUCUGACUUAUGUUUUUGACUUGAGAAUUUGUGUUUUUGUUUAUGCCACAUUAAAUCAUAUUGUUUAUAUGAAGUCUUAAACAAAAAAGGUUUACUUAAAAAAAAAGUUUGGUUCAUGUCUAAAAUGAGAUACAUUGAUAUUUUGUAUACAAGUGUACAGGUUUCAGAACAUCUCAUAGUAAUAGGGGUCUAUCUCCUGUUUCUGGACACGACUCUAGUCUAUAGAGUACCACAGUAUAGUAACAAGAGUCUAUCUCCUGUUUCUGUAGUGAGGCAGCUUGAUGUACUUCCCCUGGACAAGAUGGCUGUCUUAAUAUUUUACUGCUCCUCUUUAAUUAUUUGUUACUUUUAUUUCUUAUUCAUAUUCUUUUUUUUUCAACUGAAUUGUUGAUUGGGGCUUGUAAGUAAGCAUUUCACUUUAAGGUGCAUGUGUGUGUUCGGUGCAUGUGACAUAAUAUUAAGUUGUUAUAUAGAUUAAUGGAAUUUUGCAUUUCUUGAUUCCAGCCUUGAAACCUCUUGAAUUGGAGUUGUUAUAUGAUUUGGAUAUUGUUAAAUUAAUUUGAUUGGAUUCAGUUGCAGAUAAACAUAUUAGCACCAUUGUA